ACAAGGUGAUUAAGAUAUAAACAAAAUAUGGCUCCGUUCUGUAAUACUGAGCCUAAGAGUUAUUAUGUUCACUGUUGGAUUCAUACAGAUUAAAGUAAACAAAAGAACAACCUGAAACAAUCUCAUGAAGUUAUUUGUUAUUAAACUGCAGGGUUAUGCCACGUCCCUAAACGUUGUGACAAUGCUGACUCAUCAGUACACCGGAAGAGGGUUCAAAAGUUGCAAAACAUCACGAUAAUGCUUUGAAACUUAACAAAUGCUUCAAUUGUCAGUUUCACAAUCAUAAAGAAGAAAAAUAUUGACAGGAGCUGCCAUUAGUCAACACCUACCUCAGAGAAGCCACAUGGCUGCAGCUGCAGUAACAUCAUGCAGCCUUCCUGGUUAGUUGUUUGUUUUUGUGUUGUUCCAAACAUCAGGCCUGAAAAGCAUGACCCACAGAAGGGAUGUUCACUUUCUAAAGAGAAAAAUCCCAUGUUGCGAAAAAUCCAAAAGUUACCACUGACUUUGCAAAAACAACAUGGGAAAACACCCUGUGGUUUUUUGUAAGGUGUGAAAGUAGAAUCGUUGGGCUUGCUUCAUUUUAAUACCCUGCUGUUUUAUGGGACGCCGUCUCUUUAACCUGCACUGUCGCCCUUUGUUCUGUUCCCUUGGUUGGCUUGGAGGUGAAACAGAACCUGUCCCAUCAGCUGAAAACCUUUAUCAAUAUGAAAGUGAUCUGAAGCACACCACUAAACCAACAAAGAAACAGCAAAGGGAAAAACAGCUUCGGUUAGCCCACUUAGAGGUUAGACUUUUAUCCCACGCAACGAUAUUUGUGAUCUGACCUUAAAUGGCUUAUAGGCAGCCCUGAUGCAAUCUCUGUAUGAAGCGCUGAGUGAGAAAAACAGAGAAACAUGACAAAUACAGCUGAGUCUGAUGGAUUUAACUUAUUGUUUUAAAGCAAACUACUGAAGAACAUCUAAAGUUGUCGGUUUAACAGUCAGGAUACUCCCUGAAUGUUUUCAUGUUUUACAGUGAAAGCUUUGAACCGUUGAUGUUGACAAGAGGAAGUGUCAAGUGAACUGGUUAGGACACCUGCUUUGAGCAACUAAAAGCCAGACACAAAGAAUAACUUCCCCCUCACCAUUCUAGCGAAUAGGAAAGAAAGGCACGUCGUUUUGAAAAGCUCCUCUUCCUCCCAUAUCAAACCGCAGAGUUUAAUGACAGAGCGCGUUUGGAGAAGCAUGAAAGAUCUGUGGGUUCUCCUUUUCUUCACAGCGUGUGCAUGACCAACUGUCUUGUGAGCGGAUGCGUCUGUAUUCGUUUGAACUGGUGCUUGAGGGAAAAACUGAAGACAACUGGAUCAUGACGACAGAGAGGAACAGCAAAGCCCUGAAGGUCAAGCAGGAGUGUGGUGAGAAUGUGCACUUCCUGUCAGACAGUGAGCUCAUGUCCCUCUCAGUGCGGGAGCUGAAUCUCCACCUGCGAGGCCUCUCCCGUGAGGAGAUCCAGAAACUGAAGCAGCGCCGUCGGACCUUGAAGAACCGCGGCUAUGCCGCCAGCUGCCGUGUCAAACGCGUUUCCCAACGAGAGGCAUUGGAGCAGCAGAAAAUGGAGCUCCAGAGAGAGGUGGAGCGGCUCGGGGCUGAGAACGCCGGCAUGAGGAAAGAGCUGGAGGGGCUCGGCGCGCGCCUCGCCGCCCUCCAGAGGUUCGCCAGGGGUCUGGAAGCUGGAGGAGGGAGCCUGCUGGCGACGGCUCCACGCCUCAACACCGCCUCGGUCAUCACCAUCGUCAAGAGUCCACAGCAGCCUCAGCAACAGAGAGAACAGGAGCCGUCCUAGAAGAGCUGCCAGAACCAGACAACGGGGUGGGGGGGGAGACGUAGGCAUGGAUACUCAACACACACAUGUAUGCAAAGACAAGAGAGCAACAAACUAGAUCAGUAGGAAAAUACUAAACAUGCUGUCUGCACCUUUUUCACGUUAUGAUAUGCAGAAGUGAUUUACCUCAGUGCAGCAAGGUGUGCAACGUUGCCUAGCAACAACAACAACCUAGCUUAGGUUUUCUAUACAAGCAGCAGGAGCAGUAGAGGAGUCAUCCAGAACAUGUCCACUGACCCCUGCAGAUAUUUGUCACUGCAGCUAAGAUGACUGGAAACGUGCUCCACUGUUCAAGCACUCAGAUUCUAGAGCAGAACUUUUCAUGCUAAUUAGGCAGGGCUGAUGAACAUAGAUCCACAAAACAUCGAUCCACCAUACCACCCAAAGGGCAGACGUCGAUUAGUUGGACUCUGACUGAAGCCGGUCCGACCCAGAGUUACUGUACUUCUUUACUCCAGCUGUGAUACUGGAGCUUUCUAGUUAGGAUCAUCCUUCAGCCUCCAUUUAGAUCAUCAGAUGUUUGAAGCUUCCUCUCCUGCAUCUUCACGUCUAAAGCAUUGUGGUCCUAUUCUGAUCCCACUUCCAGUUUAGUAGUAAUUAUUAGCAGCUCUGUCGUCCCCUCUUACAUGGGAGGGUUAUACAUGCAUCAAAAUAAUUAUUUCAAUAUAUUUAACCUCCAGGCAAGAAGGUUAAAGAUGGUCACUUUCCUCCACUGUAACCCUUAUUCUUCACAUCAUUUAUCACAUCAACACAGUGCCUUCAGGACAUGUAGGAGCUACAAGAACCCAAACCUGAACAGAAAGAAGUAAAAGCAGAACCUCAUUGCUCCUUCUUUCCUGUUUCAGAACCGCAUCACUUUCAUUAUGAUUGCUGUGGACUUUCUAAGUUUUCUGACCUAUAACCACCCCCCCCCCCCCCCAACACACACACUCUGCUCAUUUCAAAAACCUUAUUGUGCAGUAACUUGGGUACAGUCUGCUGCGGCUUCAGUUCAUAUCUAGACGUUUAUCUGCAGGCUUCCAUCAGACACACGUCGGUCAUUUUGCCAGAUUUCCGUGUCUGCGCUGAUUGGACGGGAAUGCCGCUCACGCCGAUUGAAACCCUCUGAAAACAUUCCAGUUUUGUUUUAUUUUCAACGUCCGUAUGUGCUGCAGAGACGAAAAUGUUGAGUACAUUUUUAAGAGAAAUAUAUUCUAUAUUUUAUUUGUAUUUAAAGGUAGAUAUUAUGAAAAGACAAGCUAACGAGUGCUGUGAUGUUCUACAUGUUUUUAAAGUACUUAUGACUAGUCUGAGAGGAUUCUCAAGUCUAAUUAUUGUUGUGUUGUGUGGCAACAAGGAUUACAAGAUGUUAAUGAUUAGAUGCGUAGAAAUACUCAAAGCCAGCGGCCAUAUUGAUGUAUGAUGAUUUUUCUGUGUGUGUUUUAUUACCAUGUUCGUACCAGCUUGUCCCAACAGAUCCCAGGGAGGAACAUUUAUUUUUCUACAACAAUCUGUUUGUUGUUAAAAAAAGAGAAUUACCAGCUGGAAGGGAGGGAACAUCCAGGGGGCGCUAGACGAAGAUGAGAGGAGAAAGAAAGAGGCAGGAAGGGACUAGAAGAUGGGGAGAUUCCAGGUUAAAGGAAAAAGAAAGUAGACUCUGCAGGCUGGAAGAGAAAGUGCAUAGAGAGGAGGGCUGGUUCACUUGAUGAGCUCCAUAAGGUGUUGGCUCAGACACAUCUAUGCUUCCUGGGGCUUUGUUUAGGCCACUGAGUAGUCAUAGCAGUAGAGAUAUGUAAGUAGGAAUUGUACCAACAACCAUGUUGCAGAGUAUCUCGUCUUGAAGACAUGAGGCGUGUAUUUAGCUAGAUAUGAGUAUCGUUGUGGCAAAGCAUUUAUUCCCGAUACUUUAAUGUUCUUCCAAUCGUGCUGGAUGUUUUGUAAUACCUGCAAAACAAAAAUGGUAUUUGUAUUUAUUACCUGUAUUUUUUCUAUUGUGAAAAUUUAAGUACAUUGUCUAUUUUAUAUAUUAAUUAUAAUAAAUGUUGUACAUAUUGUACAUAAAAUA